CACACAGUGGCUUGGUUGCGCCACUAUGCUGACGUGCCAAAAGAACAGAUACACGGAGACCGGGUUCACGUUCCAACCCCUCACCGAUCACAAAACCACACUACGUCAAUGACUUCUUGACGGUCAGUCACAACGCGAACUGAAGAAAUCCAUUUAGCUUCUUCAUGAAACCAAUUCGCAGUUUAGAGGAUCAGAUAUCGUCGCAUCAGCUCAGCACCAAUCAGUCUAAUUCAAGAUGGGGGUCCACAAGUCCGGUUACCACCACCAUUCCUCCAUAACCAAGUACAAAGUCCAGGGCACGGUAGACUUCCUGCGCGGGCGUGGCUUGCUCGGCCAGGGGCGGCUCUUCACGCACCAGCAGGUCUUCGAGCACUUUAAUAUCAGCCGUACGUCGGGCUACAAGAUGCUCAACGAGCCGCGUGAAGUGGAGCCCGUAGCCUUCCAUUCGAACUCCCCGGAUCCGCGUGGACGGAAGAAGCUCCUCGACCACCAGUCGCUCGUGCAGAUUGAGCGAUGUAUCGAUCAGGGUGUCUUCGACGGGCGCAAUAUCUCCUGGAAAGACGUCCCCAGCGCCGCCGGCCUCGAUAUUCAAGUCUCCGGCCGUACCGUUAGGAGGGCGAUCCGCGAGCUAAACUAUCGCAGGUGCAUCAGCUGCGACGAGGAAUACCGCUCAUCGCAAUCUAGGGAGAAACGGGUAGAACACGCGCGCACGAUGUUGGAGAAGUUUCCGGAGCCAAGCGACUGGUAUCGGGUGCGGUUCUCUGGUGACUGCCACUUCGGCUGGGGGCCAACGGGCGAAGUGUCGGUUCUCCGCCAGCCGUGGGAGCGCUUCUGCCCGGACUGCAUGGUCGAGACGAAAGGCGCGGGCGAGGAGGGUUUGCGGAGACUGCACUGCUGGGCCGCUGUCGGCCACGACUUCAAGAGCGACUUGGUCUGGUACGACAAGCCCAGCGAGAGCAACGGCAAACUCGAUAUGACCGCGUACCGGGACCAAAUCCUCGAGCCGGUGGUGGGCCCGUGGCUCCAGGCCGGGAAUGACUUUGUGCUGGAGGAAGAUGUCGAGUCUGGCCAUAGCGGGAAGAAAGGGAACAACAUCGUCAGCAAGUGGAAGAAGGAAAACAAGCUUGAGAGCUUUUUCAACUGUCCCAUGAGCCCGGACUUCGUGCCCAUUGAGAGGGCCUUCCAGCUACCCAGGCAGUAUGUGAAGAAGCGGCCCUGUUGGGAGGACAGCAGUGUGAAGGAGCUUGCGGAGGAGGGCUGGGCUGCGCUGAGGCAGGAGUCCAUCAACCGCUGGGUGGACCAGAUCCCCCAGACCUUGAAAACCUGUCUGGACAAGGGGGGUGCGUAACUGGGGGUUGUUAGAGGGAGAACGUAACCCUGGUCGUGGUUGUCAUUCUUAGCCAAGGUACCGUACUCAAGUACUCGCUGGGCCUCCCAAAGCGGAAGGAUCCAGCUCCCC